UAUGGCGGCGCCCAUGGAAAGCGAAAACAUUACAUUAAGACUACUUUACUUUGUUGGCUUCAUCCUGUAUGGUGUAUCGUCAAAAUAUUCCGAAGGCCCUGCAAAUGAAUUUUUCAAAAGUGAUCAUACGAAUAACUGGGCUGUGCUGGUUGACACUUCUCGUUUUUGGUUUAACUACCGCCAUGUUGCCAACGUGCUAUCAAUAUAUAGAAGUGUUAAGAGACUAGGUAUUCCAGACAGUCAUAUUAUUUUAAUGGUGGCAGAUGAUAUGGCUUGCAACCCUCGCAACCCCAGACCAGCGACAGUGUUUAACAAUGCCAACCAGCAUAUUAAUGUGUAUGGUGACGAUGUUGAGGUAGACUACAGAGGUUAUGAGGUAACAGUUGAGAACUUCAUUCGUGUAUUAACAGGUCGUCUGCCAGCUAGUACCCCACGGUCAAAACGACUUCUAACAGAUGAAAGAAGCAAUGUUCUUGUCUACAUGACAGGUCAUGGUGGUGAUGGUUUUCUCAAGUUUCAAGAUGCUGAAGAGGUCUCAAAUGUGGAGUUGGCAGAUGCCUUUGAACAAAUGUGGCAGAAGAGACGCUAUCACGAGUUGUUCUUUAUGAUUGAUACCUGUCAAGCUGAAUCCAUGCUACAGAAAUUUUACUCGCCCAAUAUACUUGGUGUUGCUAGUAGUAAAAUUGGAGAAGAUUCACUGUCGCAUCAUGUUGAUCCAGCCUUAGGAGUGUAUGUUAUAGACAGAUAUACAUAUCAUGCCCUGGAAUUCCUGGAACGAGUUAAACCUGGUGGAAAGCAGACAAUGGCAGACUUUCUGAAAGUUUGUCCUAAGCAUCAGUGUAUCUCAACUGUGCACGUGAGACAAGACCUGUUCAAGAGGAAUUUAGCUAAAGUUCCUCUUACAGACUUCUUUGGUAGUGUACGUAAUGUGGAAAUCCUUAUGGACACCAUUCACCUUAAGAAUAUCAGUAUGACAUCACCACAGAGUUCUUGCAGAAGUGAAAACUGCAAGGAUGCACAUGUCCUGACACAGAAACUUAGUUAUGCUGAACAAUUUCCUCUGCCAGUUUGAUAGAAGCUUUUUAACUGUGUUGUCAUCUUGUGGAAUAUAGGGAGGAACCUAUCAUGUCCCUUGCUAAUCUUCAGCUUAGAGUAUAACAUGGAAAAGUCACAUGAUAGAAAAAGUCAUUUUAUUCAUCUGAAGUAUGGUUGCUGAACUUUAAAAAAUAGUUUAAUAUUGUAAUAUGUAACAAAAGAUUCAGAAGACUUACAAGAAAUGUAGUAUGUGUGUAUAUAUAUAUAUAUAUAUAUAUAU